AAUAUGUUAUUUGGCACUAUAUCUUUCUUCUUACUCAAGCUAACUUUUUGUAAUCCACUGUAGUUGCUACCCUCGUAUCCUCUGUUUCCGUAACUUUGUUUUUUUAAUUCUUCACAUGUUAGAAAUAAAAAGCUAAGAUAAUAAAGGAAACUGUUCUUCUAGGAAAAUCGGAAAAGUAAAUAGGUAUAAAUGUAAGUCUGAAUAGUAGAAAAAUAAAAAUUGGACGAAUAGAUUUCAGAAAUUUCAAGAGAUUAGGUUAAAUUGGGGAGAAUGUCAGAUGACGAUAUCUGGAGUGAGGAUGAAGAAAUAGACCCCGAAGAAGCGCAAGAGUAUCUACGCCAAGUUCAAGAGUCCGACGGUUUCGAUGUUGAUUACUUUCACAAUUCAUAUGCUCGGAUAAAACCCUUUCAAUUGAAUGAUGAGUAUGGUUAUACACAUGACAUCGAACUUUAUGGUAGAUUGGGACUUCACUGUUACAAUCUUCACAAGGGAACUAACCUCAAAUUAAUCGACAUUCACAAAUACAACACUGAGUUGUUUUUUGGGUACUACAUAACGUUGGAGGCAGUAGACACAUAUACCAACUCUCCAUGCACUUUUCAAACGUGCGUACGGGAGGGUAAAACUUGGGAACAUGGAUACUUUAUGGUACAAACAGAGAUUUCCAGAUUAAAAGUUCCUACAGGGCCUCGGACUACUUCUAUUGGGCCUCAGAGGAGAUGGGAAGAUGAGGUGGUAGAUGAUUUCUACAAAAGUGAAAUGCCUAACUGGUUGACAAAGGAGGAGCUAGCUGCAGCUAAUGAUAAGGGGCAAUACUAUGAGUUGCAAGAAUCUGACUUACUAGGAAAUGAAUGGCUUCAUCUUUAUGCUGAGUUUGCAUUGUCCUUGAACUGGAGAGGAUAUGCGAUGAAGAACACGAUUCUGAGGCGUUUUCUACCACUGAAGAUCAAGAAGGUAAUUGUACAUACUCGGGAAAGCGGUGAAGAGUCCCCACACUUAAAGCUCAAGGCCAACAACGCCAUCUUCUACAUGAGUUUCAAAGGCAAUAGUGAUCAUCCGAGUGACGUCGAGUACCAAGCAAUAGUACGGAAAACCAUGGAUGGGACACCGGGACAUAUUCGUCUAGAAGUUCAGUCUCGGGCGGGCUUAGAAUCCCAGCCAACUUGAGGAUUUUUUGGUGUUAACGUUGUGAAGUUUGUCUUUGGAUUGGUAGUGGUGAUGAUAUUUUUUUACUAGUUUUACUUAUGGUUUCAAGAAUUUAGCACCAUAAAAGUGUAGAAUUUUUAUGAUU